AUGCGUAGGAAUAAGCAGCUCCAGGAUGCCCCCGGUGGUGUGAUGAUGGUACUGCAGGAGCAGCUCAGUGAGUUGACCAUGGAGUCCAACACAGAGGACAACCUGGACAGUGUGUCAAGCUCAGGUUUAUACGAGCAGAAUGAGAUUCAGUCCCCUCUGAGACACUCAAGAUCUUCUCCCAGUCUUUCUUUCUACAGCCACAGAGGCAGAUCAGCGGAUGCCUGCAUGUCAGACUGGGAGGGUCAGAGAGCACGACCUUUGCGUGCUUUUCUGCCCCGUUCAUUCUCUGCCCCCUACCCCCCUUUAGAAGGCAUUGCAGAAGGAAGUGAAGAUGAUGAGGAUGAUGACAAUGGAACUCUGUGGUCAAAAGGCCAAACUCCAAAUGGAGAUGACGUGAAUGGACCUGACAUGGUUCCCGUUACGAAUUUAAAUGAGGAUGGUGGCCACAUUGGAAUCCCUUGUGAUCAUCAAGGUCCCACUGUGGAGUUGGAUGAAGGCCCCAGCGCAGAAGACAUUCAGCAAGCAAUGCGUGUGGAGACCUAUAUUUUGGGUCUUCUACAACGCUAUUGCCUCAACCAAACCCCCACAUCUACAGAAGUCCUCAGUUCUGAUCCUGAUUGCUGGCAAGAACGACAUGCUUAUCCUUCAAACUAUUGUGAACAAGCAGAAAAUUCAGAGUGGCAGGAAUGGAAAAUCUUCAAUGAUGAGGCAUCGCAAGAUGGGUACUAUCUGGGAAAUGAGGCUGAUCGAUUCUCACAGGCUGGUAAUGAUCCAGGCUCCUCCAUAGAGUCAUCCACCAUCAUUGCUGAUAUAGAUUCACAUUGUCUUCAUCGUCCCUGUGUUUCUUCACCUUUACCCUCUGAUUCUUCCAAACAAGACUGGGAACCUACAUCUCUGGAACUGGCACAUCAACUGCCUUUACCUGGACUGUAUCAGGAGGAAAGCUGGUCAUCAGCUGGGCAAAGGCAUGCAAAGACAACCAACCAGUCUCGAUCAGAAGGCAGUUUCCAAUUCCAAGGUUUCUCCACCAAACCAGAGCACGGAUAUGACACACUGGGGCGGGAUAUGGAGAUGCAUUGCUUCAGUGAAGAUUAUGUGUCCAGUCAGAGACUCUGGAGCGCCACAGCAAACCUCAGUCAAGAAGAGAAGGCGACGGUGCUCAGAGCGGAGGAACGACUGUUGAGAGAUACAUGCCUACCAUUUCAAAUCAGGCCACAUUCAUGUUCUAAAUACACCGAGCAGGACCAUCACUUUGGGAAUGAAAUGAAUGCCAGAGGAACUGAUGGAGAUGGAGAUGGAUCUGACUCCAGUCUGAGUGAGACAUGCUCUCCAGGGUCCAGCUCAAGGUCAAGUGACUCAGAUGAAAGUGGGGGUCUUGUCUGGCCUCAGCAAGUGCCCCCAUAUGUGCCUUCUGUUUCCCAGAAUGCAUCUACUGCCAUGGUCAGGAUCAAAGCCUCACAUGCACUCAAGAGGAAGAUCUUGCGUUUCCGCUCAGGCUCACUAAAGGUCAUGACCACUGUCUAG